GUAGAUAAAGAUAUUUUUAUACUUACAACUUGAAUUUGAGUGACAGUGUUAGGGUUGCCUAGCAACUAUAUCUAGAAUUUGUCUAGAACAGAUGAGAUGGACCAAAACUGCCUUUUGGACGAAUUUAAAUCAAUAAAAAGAACGAUUUUCCUAAUGGGGCCAAUUUAUUGAUAUAUUUAUAGACAGUUGUUAUUGUUGUUUUAACUAAUGCCUAUCACAUUUAGCCGCGGAAAUGUAAGAAAAUUAGCUUUUCGGUCUAGAGGUAGAACGGUACAAUCACUGGAUAUCGGCGGACCGCGAGUGGAAACGCCGCAAAGUGGUGAUGAUCGUUUAUUUUUACAAAUAAAACCUGCUUUAGCAGACCCUAGGACUGCCCAUCCUGCAAUACAACGAUCUAGUACAAUAUUAACAGGCAAUGAUGACAGUAGUAAAGGAGAUGUCAAAGAUGAUAUACUUAAUUUGCAAGCCGUGGGGGAAGGAAAGGUGCAACUUUCUAGAACUCCACAGGAAAAAGAUCGUUUACCUGAUAGAAUAAGCCUAGACAGACGUGGACUAUCUUCGAUCCCUAACAUAGUCGGAGAGCCAACACUUCGUCUUUUGUCGUUACAACAUAAUUUGAUCAACAGUUUGUCAGGUCUUAUGCCUCUCGAGCUCGGAAAAUUAGUGUUCCUUGACGUAUAUGACAAUCAAAUCGAUAAAAUUACUUCUUUAGAAAAAUUAUUUAGCUUACGAGUGUUAUUGAUGGGGAAAAACAGGAUAAAAAGAAUAGAAGGUUUAUCAAAUCUGCUCAAAUUAGAGGUCUUAGAUUUACAUGGAAACAGAAUCACGAAAGUUAGCGGCCUGUCUAACUUAAACGAGUUAAAGGUACUCAAUCUGGCUGGCAAUCAAAUAAAAUGCAUUGGGCAGAUAGAUCUCCAAGGGCUCCUGUCUUUAAGAGAACUCAAUUUAAAACGGAACAAAUUAAGAAAAUUGCUGGGUUUUCAAAAAGUUCCACAGUUACAGAAGUUAUUUCUUAGCAACAAUGACUUACAGAGUGUUGAAGACGUGUCUUCAUUGGCCGAAGCCACGUCUCUUAUUGAAGUCACAUUGGAUGGUAAUCCUGUCGCAUUGGGCGGUGACUGCACUCCAUUUCUUGUAUCAUAUUUACCAAAUCUAUUAACUUUAUCAAGCAUGCACGUAACGGAACAGGUUCGCACAGCUGCAAUGGCCUGGCGUAACAAUAAGGAGGCAGCUCACGCCGCGUACUGCGCUCUAGAGGGCUCAGCUCAGCAAGCUGCACGAAGAGAUCAAAUUAUUCACAACGCUCGUACCAAUUGGGAAUUACUCAGAACUGAAAAUAAAUGCUUUAGUACAGCGGCAUCUUUAGAAAAGAAUACAGAAAAGGAAUUUGUAUUAGAGCAAACGUCGAUAACGAUUACGCAGAAUGAUAGUACACAAACGAUUGAUGGAACGAUAGCAGAGAAUGCAGUUAGUUUUCAUCAAGAAGCCGAAGAUUCUGAUUAUAAGAAUGUGAGUGAUGCAAGUACGAAAAACGUUAAGGGUGAAAAUGUUAAAAAGGCACCAGUAAGAAAAUUUCAAAGAAGCUCCACUGCUCGUAAGGUUUCAGAAAAGAGGGUUAAUUUUUCAGAUCGAAGCGCUUCCCAGGAUACUGAUGUAUCACAUUCUACAUCAACAAGUAGUGAUGUUAAACUACCACCCAUAUUGUUGCCAAUUUUAUCUUCGUUGGAAAAUGUUAAACUAUCAGACGGUACAGAAUCGAUAUUAAAAAGAUGGGAAAGUGUAUCUAGUGUUGAUCCAAUCAUAGAUUCGUCGUUCAGUUCCUUUCCAUCUUCUAGCAGCGAUAGUGAGGACGAAACUAAUAAGAAACCAUUAAAAAGGAUGCCGACCGUUUUGAGAAACAGACAGAACUUUAGUUCAUCGCGGUCCAAGUCUGUUUGUGAUCCUGAAAGUCGAAAAGUUAAAGCGAAAAAUCAGGAUCAAAGUGAAAACGCGAGUAAUAUAUCCUGUAGCACUAAUACAGGGUCGAUAAAUACAUCAUCUACAUCAGGAAGUGAUCAGAACAGUAGAGUAUUACGACGGGAAGGUUCACUGAAUAGUAGAAUGAGUAACAGGAACGUAAGAAGUGCGACGAUAUCACGACGAAGUGAGAGAGCGUCUUCGAGUCAUAGAGCUUCUACAGCGCGAGCGAAGUCCGGAAAGAGUUUGACCAGUCUGAAAUCAUCGGAACCCGUCCCAAAAUCUAUACCACCGUCAAAAGACAGGGAACAAGGGGUGGAUUACCUGGUGGAGGUGUGCGAUGGCACGGUGAGCGCGUGGGGCGCGGGCGCAGUGCGGCGGCUGGCGCGCGACUGGCACUGGGAGCGCGCGCGCGCCGUCACACGCGCCGCCUUCCACUACGUGCAUUUCAAUGCUGUUGCUCACUCCUUGUCCGAACUUAAAACUAGGUUUCCAAAUAUAACGCAUAUAUCAGUCCGAGCUACUGGUCUACAAUAUCUGGGCCAAUUACACGCGUUAGCGGAGUUACGAGGUAUAACAGGUCUGACGAUAAUGCCCGAGGGCAAUCCGAUAUGUUCCAAAUAUUGGCGGGAAUAUUCCAUUUACAGACUUGCUCAUUGGGGUUUGAAGGAAAUUAAUGAUGAAAAGGUGACGGAUGAAGAACUUAAAUCAGCAAAUAGGACAUACCAAGGUUUGAGUGAUAUAGUACUGCGUGCCAUCCCCGACGCGCCAUUACAGCCGUUGUUAUCGCGACUCGGCCGCAGCAGCAACAGCACAAGCAGCGCUAAAGCCUGGCUCAGAGCUGCCGAUCCUGCUCUCAGAGAUGUCAUAGCUAAAGAAGCAUUACAGUUUAAAAAGGGACAAGUAUCUCAGGAAGAUAUGAGCUGGCGUGUCCGCGGCCGCGGCGAGCUGUCGCACGCGAUAGAGGUGGCGUGCGGCGCCGCGCUGCGCCUGCGCACGCUCGAGCUGCAGUGGCCGACGAUAUUCGUAGAAAUGAUCGAGGACAUUCUGCGCGACUUUGUCGAUAUGGAUAAACACGUUAAGGAGCAAAUGCGAAUGCUUUCAGAUUCAUAGCGAUCUCAAUUUUUUCAUGUACACUUAUAUUGAUAGAUGUUAUAUAGUGAUAGUUUUUGUUACAGUUUUAUUGUAGCUAUAUAAUUAUUAAUUAUGACGAAUUAUAAAUAUAUUUCUAGGUAAUUCUUUUUUGUAACUAUAUAAUGUAGAUAGAUUUGUUAGUUUUUCAUAAAAUUAGUGAACACUCGUCCUAUUUGUACCGAUAGUUUGAAAUGAAUAGAUCUGUACCGAAAAUAAUGUCACGCAUGUUCGAUGUAAGGUGGAUGAUAUCGGUUUAAUUUCAAAACGAACUUAACUGAGGACUGAUAAACAUAAUCCUAACAUUGCUCAAUAAAAUUAGAUUCUUAGCUAAAACUAAAUAGUAGUUAUUAUUAACAUUGCCAUUAGAGUUAGAACCAUAAAACUUUAUACUUUACAGAUUUAAAGAUCUAUUCUUUGUCCUGUAAAUUAGUAGAAAUAAAAAA